CGGAGAAAAAAAUGAAAAUGAAAAUAUAAUAAAAAGGGGAAAAGGAUAGACAAGCCAUAACCCUAUUAUAUUACUCUGGCUGGCUCGUCUUCCUUAUCUCCUCCAUACAUUCCUCCCUUGAAGCUUGCGCCUUCAUAAGCACUCUUUUCUUCUCGAAUUCACAGAAAAUUAGAAAAACUAAUAACAGUAAACCUUUUAUAAAGAAACCCCGGACAGCUGAAAUCGGUGGAUCUUAGAAAUUCUAAAGAUUUGCUCCGAAAUCCCACAUUAAAUAAUCCAACUUUCUCGAAUCAAUUUCUGCGUCGAAUCAGAAUUACAAUGAAGAGGGAACGCGAUCGACUGAAGGAGGAGAGAUCUUUAAUGGGUAAAGGAAAGAUUUGGGAAGAACCGCCUCCAGACGCGGGGAUGGAUGAGCUACUUGCGGUGUUGGGCUACAAAGUUAAGUCCUCGGACAUGGCGGACGUAGCUCAGAAGCUUGAGCAGCUGGAGAUGGCGAUGGGGACAACGAUGGAGGAUGGGAUUUCCCAUCUUUCCAAUUCUACGGUUCACUUCAACCCUUCUGAUCUAACUGGCUGGAUCCAAAACAUGCUCUUUGAACUCAACGGUGACAACGAUUCCUCAUCUUCGUCGCCAAAUUUCGACGCCCUUCAUCACCAGUCCCCUUGCACCGCUGCCGUUGGGGGCGACAAAAUGAUUUUGCCAGGAGAACCUCCCGCUAUGAUUAGCUUCUCGAACAGAGAGAGCGAAAAUAUUAGGAGGAUUUCCGAUGACGAUUUGAGGGCGAUUCCCGGCGGCGCUAUUUUCGGUAACACGUGUAGAGAGCAGAAGGUAAAAGAGCAGCCUUCACCAUCACCAACGUAUAAACGACAGAAAUCCUCAGCCGGAUCUAGUUUCUCCGGCGAGUCGUCGGCGGGAAUGGGCGCCGGUGCAGUGGCUACAGAGCCUCCCCGGCCGGUGGUGCUGGUGGAUUCUCAAGAAACCGGUGUCCGUCUUGUACAUACCCUGAUGGCUUGCGCCGAAGCCAUCCAGCAGGAGAAUUUCAAGCUAGCAGACGCGUUGCUGAAACACAUCGGAAUUCUCGCCGUCUCUCAAGCCGGAGCAAUGAGGAAAGUCGCGUCGUAUUUCGCCGUCGCUCUGGGUCAGCGAAUUUACAGAAACUACCAAAAAGACACCCCUUUCGACACCUCCUACAACGACGUUCUUCAGAUGCACUUCUACGACGCCUGCCCUUACCUGAAAUUCGCUCAUUUCACGGCCAACCAAGCCAUCCUGGAGGCCUUCUCCAGCUCCUCCCGCGUCCACGUCAUCGAUUUCAGCCUGAAACAGGGGAUGCAGUGGCCGCCGCUGAUUCAGGCGUUGGCUCUCAGACCCGGCGGCCCGCCCGCCUUCAGGCUCACCGGAAUCGGCCCUCCCCAGCCGGAUAACACCGACGCCCUUCAGGAAGUCGGGUGGAAGCUUGCCCAAUUCGCGGAGAGAAUGGGAGUUGAGUUCGAGUUCCGUGGAUUCAUGGCGAAUUCUCUGACUGACAUAGACGCAGCAAUGUUAGACAUAAGACCCAGAAACAUCGAAGUGGUCGCCGUCAACUCCGUCUUCGACCUGCACAGGUUGUUGGGCCGGGCCGGCGGGAUAGAAAAGGUGUUGGAUUCCGUCAAAGGGAUGGCGCCGAAGAUCGUGACAAUCGUCGAGCAGGAAGCGAACCACAACGGCGACGUUUUCCUGGACCGGUUCAAUGAGGCCCUGCAUUAUUACUCGACCAUGUUCGAUUCCCUGGAAAGUUCCCGGCUGAAGGCCGACUCGCCGGCAAGCCCGGGGUUGACUCAGGUCAAAAUCCAGGACCUGGAGAUGGCGGAGAUCUACCUCGGCCAGCAGAUCUGUAACGUGGUGGCUUGCGAAGGGGCGGACCGAGCCGAGCGUCACGAGAGCCUGAGCCAGUGGAGGCGGAGGAUGAAGGCGGCCGGGUUCGGGCCGGUCCACCUCGGUUCGAACGCGUUCAAGCAGGCGAGCAUGCUUCUGGAGGUGUUCGCCGGCGGGGACGGGUACCGGGUGGAGGAGAACGACGGGUGUUUGACUCUGGGCUGGCACACCCGGCCGCUCAUUGCCACGUCGGCAUGGGAGCUCGACGAGUCGUAGUGAGUCGACUCGGUAGGGUAACGGCCGUUCUGUGCUGUGCUGUGCUGAUUGGUUGUGUGGAGUGAGUGAGGGACAGCGAAAGAGACGGAGCCUAAAUGAGUCAAAUCCUGUCUUUUGCUCUUUUCUUUCUUGGAAAGUCGUCUUUUUCUUUUUCUAUUCCCUUCCUUCUUUCUCUUUUUUUCUCUUUAAAGUUUUUUCCUCCUGAAAGAGGGAAAGAUGGUUUGAUUUGGGUCGUUGCUUAAUUUGGUUCUGAUUUUCUCGUGUUAAAGAAAAUGUUGCAAUAAUCAUUAGGAAGUAUUCUUGUUAAGUUGAGGAAGUUUGAUCAAUCCGCAUGUUUGGUGUAGAAAGAAUAAAGCAUUUAUGUACAAAAUCCCAUCUUUCCCGAUCAAUUUUGC